AUGUUUAAAAGUAAAAUAGCCCUUGGGAAUAAGAACUACCUCGGAAACAAGGACAGGAAAAAACUAGCUGUGACUAUCAAGAACACUUUCCACCUGGACAGCGACGAACAGGUGGACGAAAUAUUGGAUAAGGAAAACACAUGCGUCUGUAAAGUACAGAAAACAAAAAUAACUAUCUACCUCUCGAAGAACAUUCCAGUUCUUUUCACCAUCAAGAAUUAUAUAUUCCCCACGGUGUACACAUUAUGGAGGUUUCCACACAUAAUCCCCUGCUUUGUCAUAUACCCACCUGCGUCUGAAUUUUUGAUGAAGGGAGCAGACUUGAUGAUUCCAGGAAUAUGCAAAGAAGUAGAUAAUGUAGAAGAAUUAAAGGUUGGAAGUGUAUGGGGCGUUCGCGUAUUUAACAACCCCCACCUUUUUGCAGUUGGACAUUGUUCAGUCGAUUAUGAUAAUAAUAAUAACUUCUAUAACUUAAAAGGGAAAUGCUUAAAAGUUCUACACAUUUUUAAUGAUGAGUUGUGGAAAUUGGGAUCCCAAAUUAUUCCCCACAGCAGCUUCCAGGGGAAGAUUAUCGACUCGGUAGAAAAUGUUGUGGACAAUUUUGAUGAAUUUAAAGUGUACGAUGAGAAUAAGGGGAAGAAGAAGAAAAAGAAGGAGGAGGCAUAUAUGGCUGGGGAGCAGAAGGGUGCUAAUCAAAGAGGGGGCAACAGUAAAAAUGGUGAUAGUGAUGACAACCUCCUGGAUGAAAACCCUAACGACGAUGAACGCUACCGAGCCUUUACGGACGACGAGAGCGAACAGGAAAAGCCCAGUGUUGAAGGCGGUCCCAGUGGACAAAGCGAAACGAAGCCAAAAAUCACGACGAACCAAAAAAGCCUAGACAAUUUUUACAAACAUUUCGCAGUGAUACUAGCACAGAGGAAUCACGCAAAAGGAGAUGCAAAUCCGCCCUGUAGAAAAAAUGACCAGAGAGGAAAAAAACAAACCGUGAAAGAAACCCAAUUUAAGGAACAGGAUCUCCCAAGUGAAACGAAAAAAAUGUGCACAGUGAAUAUCGACUCAAUGGAGGAGAGUUCCCAUCAGGUAGAUGCUUCUUCGGACAAAAAGACGACUGAGAUGAAGAAGCAAUGCUUGGAUCGUAACACUUUAACUGAGAAGGGGAAAACAAAUAAUAUAAACAAAGGAAUGGACAAUGUCACCCUCACAGAGACAAACAUAAUGAACGAGUGGGACGAAUUCUCAGGGGAAGAAAGUGCGGAAUGUGAUCAGGAUGGAAAUAAUAGAGUUUCAAUAAAAAAGCCUGAAAGAAAAAACCAAUCGAAGGAGGCGAAAUAUGACGACGAAGAAACGGUAAGUGAAGCCUCCUCUGUAGACCAAUCCAAUGAGAGUAUGCCCCACGAAAGGGAUGAAAAGAACACAUUUGAAUUGAAUAGCGAACAGCAGGAUAUAUUACUGAUGUUCCUGUUCCUGGAAGUAGCUCAAUCACUUAGUGAUGACAACCUCCCUUUGGAAGUUUCCGGAAUAUACAGUAGGAUGACAAAGGAGUUUUUGUACAUUCACAGAAAUGGAUCCUUCCUGGCAGAACUACAAAAACUAGGCAUCCCAAGCAACAUAAUUAAAAAAAUAAAAGAAAAAGAAGUGAACCUAGAAUUAGAUGUUAAAAAAUCCACGUACAAAAAAAUCAGCAAAUUUAUUCAACAUUUAUCCAAGUUAAAAGUUAUUAAAAUAAAAGAAAACAGAAAUGUUAUAUCCGUCGUGAAUAUACGAAAGGGAAGUUCCAUAAUCUCGUCUUAUAAGCCCAUGUCCUUGGAGGAAAAAAAACUGUGUCAAUUGGAUGGAGGUGAAAAUAAUGGAGGAACGGCACAAAAGAGAGUGGAAUGCAAUUCAAACAAUGCCAAUCUGGAGAAAAGUGCAAAAAAUGAAGCAACAAAUAAAGGUGCACAGGUACUCGAAUUUUAUAUGCCAUCCUCCAAGGGGAUAAAUAUAUUCAAAUGUGUGGAUAGCAAAUCUGAAAGGAGUUCCUAUUACAACAUCAUGCAGUUAAAAGAUGUUCUAAAGUCGUAUGUACAGAAGCAGAAGUUAGUGAGUAGUAAAGAUUCCCAGGUGAUAAAGCUAAACGAUGAUUUGAGAGCUAUUUUAAAUGUGUCAUGUGAAUCUUCUACCAUCCCGUAUGAAUCACUCCUGAACCAGUUCAUCUCGACGCAACUUUCCUGCUAUGCCAUAAUCAAGCCGAAUGCUAAUUUCGAUGUUGAUCCAAUUAAAGUGACAAAGGGAAAGUGCCCUUCCAUUCACAUCUACGCAGUUGCCAGGAUGAAAGGGAAAAAAUAUGUUACCCACGUUACAAAUUUGUUCCUCUUCCAUGUGGAUCUGAACAAGUUUACUGAGUACGUACAGAAACAGCUAGCUUGUUCAUGUUCUAUUGUCAUUUCAGCUUCCACCAAAAAGGAGGAAGUCCUCGUGCAGGGCAAUGUCGUAAAUAUGAUCCACGACAUAUUGAUUAAAAAUUAUAACCUCCCCAGGAAGUACAUUGCGCUGAAUACCAAGUAG